UUGUUUUGUUUAAUCCACCGGUAAAAAGCUCGCUCAUUUCAGCUUAGUCACUUAUUUUUGUCCAAAGAAAAUUAGUUAGUGCCAGACAUUCGAGAGGAAGAUUUAGUGGAAAGUGAAGUCGCAUAAAGAUAAUUCAAUGUUUAAAAAAAUAAUUAUAUUAUUUGCGUGUCUUGCGCUCGUUAAUUGCGAGAUAAUUCGAGUGCCAUUACAAAAAUUUAAGUCGGCACGACGUCAUUUUGAAUCUGUUGGAACAGAAUUACAACAAUUGCGAUUGAGAUAUGGCAGCAACGGUGUUGCACCAGAACCUUUGUCAAAUUAUCUUGAUGCUCAAUACUAUGGUCCCAUUUCAAUUGGUACACCGCCACAAAAUUUCAAAGUAGUAUUUGAUACUGGCUCAUCAAAUCUUUGGGUACCAUCGAAACAAUGUCAUUUGACGAAUAUUGCUUGCUUAAUGCAUAAUAAGUAUGAUGCAAAGAAAUCGAAUACUUAUGUGAAAAAUGGCACCGAGUUUGCUAUACAUUACGGUUCAGGCAGUCUUUCGGGAUAUUUAUCAGCAGAUACCGUAAAUAUUGGUGGAAUUAAUGUCAAACAACAAACAUUCGCUGAAGCUUUAUCUGAACCAGGCUUGGUAUUUGUAGCAGCUAAGUUCGAUGGUAUACUCGGUUUAGGUUAUAGUUCAAUUUCUGUGGACGGUGUGAUGCCACCGUUUUACAGCAUGUACGAACAGGGCUUAAUAACAUCACCAAUAUUUUCAUUCUAUCUUAACCGUGACCCUGCAGCUCCCGAAGGCGGUGAGAUUAUAUUUGGUGGUUCAGAUCCAAAUCAUUAUAUUGGCGAUUUUACAUACUUGCCAGUUACAAAAAAAGCUUAUUGGCAGAUUAAAAUGGAUUCGGCUGCAAUUGGUAAUGUACAAUUAUGCAAAGGUGGCUGCCAAGUAAUUGCCGAUACUGGUACUUCACUAAUUGCUGCACCAAGCACUGAGGCCAAAUCAAUAAACGAAGCUAUUGGAGGUACCCCUAUUCUGAAUGGUCAAUAUAUGGUUGAAUGUGAUAUGAUUCCAAAGUUGCCUGUAAUAAAAUUCGUUUUGGGUGGCAAAACCUUUGAACUAGAGGGCAAAGAUUACAUUCUUCGCAUUGCGCAAAUGGGCAAAACCAUUUGCUUGUCCGGCUUUAUGGGCAUGGACAUACCAGAACCAAAUGGACCUCUAUGGAUACUUGGUGAUGUUUUUAUUGGUAGGUAUUAUACUGAAUUCGACAUGGGCAAUGACCGCGUCGGUUUUGCAAACGCUAAGUAAAUGAGCAAUGGAAAUUAGUUACCUAACCAAGAAGAUUAUAAAAUAAUCCUAAAAAAAUUUAAGAUUUAUUUUCAUAAAGUUAAAGUAGUUUUUUUUUUUUUGUUUUCUUUAAAAUGUUUAUAUAUGCACUAAGUUAUUAUAAAGAAUUCUAUAAUAUAUGCAAACGAUAAUUGUAAA